ACAGGCUCUUGUUUUGAGACUACAGCGAUUGGAGCAUCCGUAGGCUGCACAAAAGACUGGCAUCGUCUCCUAUAAAGCCAGCAAUUUCCUGUAUCAUAAUCCCUUAUUACAGGACAGAGACUGAGAAUCUGUUCAUCUUUGAACACUGCAAAGAAAUGGCCGAAUCUGCAGCGAGUCAGUAUGUGGAUCAGUUCAGCUGUUCAGUCUGUUUGGAUCCUCUGAAGGAGCCGGUGACGAUUCCCUGUGGACACAGUUACUGUAUGAGCUGUAUUACUGACUGCUGGGGCCAGAAGGAGCAGGGGCCGCCGUACCGCUGUCCCCAAUGCAGAGAGAGCUUCAGUCAGAGACCUCUACUGAAGAAGAACACUCUGAUAGCUGAGAUGAUGGAGACGCUGCAGAAGACGUCCCUACAAACGGCUGCUGUGGAGUGUGAUGUUUGCACUACAGAGAAGAACAGAGCUGUAAAGUCCUGUCUGCAGUGCUUGGCCUCCUUCUGUCAAACUCACCUGCAGCUUCACUAUGAAUCUCCUGCGUUUAUGAAGCACAAACUAGUCGAAGCUUCCAGAAACAUUCAGGAGAACAUCUGCCACAGUCAUGGGAAACCUCUGGAGAUUUACUGUCAGGAAGAUCAUCAAUGCAUUUGUAACUUGUGUAUGAUUGACAGUCAUAAAAACCACAGUGUGGUGUCUGUGGAUUCUGAAUGGGCUAGUAAAAAGAAAGAGUUAAAGGAGAUAAAGUUGGCAUGUCAGAAGCUGAUCCAGGAGCGAGAGAGAGGUCAGCGGGAAAUUAGUGAAGCUAUGAAGUCUUUUAAAAGUUCAGCUCUAGAGACCAUGGAGGACAUUGAGAAGGUCUUCACUGAGCUCAUCUGCUCUCUUGAGAAGAAACACUCUGAGAUUAAAGAGCAGAUCAGAGCUCAGGAGAAGACUGAGAUAGAUCGAGCAGAGGAACUUCACAAACAUCUGGAUCAAGAGCUGACAGAACUCAGAAAAAGACAAGAAGAAAUUGAGAAACUUCUGAUCACUGAUGAUCAUGUCCAGUGUCUGAAGAGCUUUCGGUCUGUGUGUGUUUUACCUUCAUUUGAAGACGUUCCCAGCUUCACUCAACACACUCAUCUGUCUUUUAAAGACAUUUCAAUCUCAGCGUUUAAGAAGGUUUUGGUGGACAUCUAUCAACAGCAAACAGCCAGAAUAUCUCAAGAAGGGCUCGACAAUAAGGACUGCCCGAUGGCUCAGGGCCAGUGUGAACAUUGUUCAGGACAGUUGACGGAACUGUCACUUGCCCAAUCGAACGAGCGCUGUAGGAUAGCUGAGGUUGCCCUGGCAAACUUGAAGAGCAAAUAUGAGAAUGAAAAGGCCAUGCUCAGCGAAACCAUGAUGAAGUUGGAUAAAGAGCUGAAGGGUCUUAACGAAGAUGCUGCCACUUUCUCCUCUCUCAGGGCAGCGUUCGCCACCAGGAUUGAUGAGUAUGAAACACAAUUGAACAACAUGGCGAGUCAGCUGGUUGCAGCAGAAGAUGAGAAGAAGACUCUGAACUCCCUCCUGCGUUUGGCCAUCCGGGAGAAACUGGCCCUCACUCAGCAACUGGAGGAUCUGGAGUUUGACCACAAGCAGUCCCGAAGAGGAUCCGGUGCUGGGCCAGGUGGCCAUGGAAAAGGGUCCUCUGCCACGCCCAGAUGAAGCCUAUCAAUUUCAGCCCCCAUGUAAGUCCUAGACUUCCCAGUCGGAACCGACCAAAACCACACGGCCUCAUUGGAAGUCCUGCGGUUUUAUGCAGUGAGAAGUAUAAAAUUCUGUGUGACGCUGGAUCCGAUUAACAUCUGUGUGUAACUGUCACUCAUCGGCAUCCUCAUACUAACUAACAUUCCUUUUAUUGUAUGUGUUCUUGGGACAAAACAAGACUAGCAUGAUGGUGCUAACAGUUCUGAUGGCUUCAUUAAUACUUGUCUAAAAUUUGGGCUCAGUC